AUGGAAUUAAUUCUUUUAAAUACACUGGGGUUGAUCAGUGCAUCUCAACCUUCUACGGCAGAGCUAAAAGCUGAACUCGCAGAGAAACAGGCUGAGUUAAAUGAAGUGAACCAGCAGAUUGAUCAACUUAAAACUUCAAUUGGUCCGGAAUACAUGGAACUCAUCCCAAUCAAAAAACAGCUUGAUGACAUUGAUGAUGAAAUUUCCCAACUUACACCUAUUGAACAAGAGCUGGAGACUGCACAGCAGAAUUUGGCGACGAAGCAAGCAGCUUUAGCAACGAAAAACGACGAGCUUACUGCAUUACAGACUGAACUGACUACAACCAAUAACGAAAUAGGAACAUUAAGUGCAACUAGUGAUCAAUUAGAUACUGAAAUCAAUAACAUAAAUGAGGAUAUUACCGCACUACAGGAGACAAUUGGUGAUUAUAAUGAACAAUUAUCCAAUAUUAAUCUCUAUGAGCAAAUCAAAGAUAAGAAUGAUGCUGUUGCAAACCUGACAGCUAACAAGACAGGCCUUGAAACAGAUUUACAGGAUAAUACAAAUGAAAUUGAGGCAAAGAAGACUGAGCAAGCAGCAGAUCAGGUGGCAUUUGAUGAUGCAACAACGGCAUUGAAUGCAACAGAAAAAGCGAUCCAGGAUAAAACUACAGAAAAGAAUACGUUAGCAGCACUGAUUGAUGGACAAGAUGACAGUUUCACACAUGACGGAAAGACUAAGGCUGAAAUUGAGGCUGAAAUUGCAGGUUUGACCCAGGAAUUGGUAGAAUUGGAACAGACGAAAACAGCAGAUGAGGCUACACUUACUGCAGCCCAGAUCAAACUGAAUACUUCUACCACUGAAUUAGAUGCUCUAACUACCGAAAAAACUUCGCUUGAAACUGAUAUCGCCAACAUUGAUAAGGAGGUUGUAGCUAAAAACAAGGAAAUAGCUGAUUUACAGGAGCAAAGUUUGGAAGACGCGAAAACAAAAAAGGCCACCACAACUGCAAAUAUCGCUGCUUCAAAAAAGGCAAUAUCAGGACUUCAAACAGAAAUUACAGCAAUUAACCAAAACAUAGCUGAUUUACAGGAGCAGCUCGAGCCAUUAGCUGAUCUUCAGGCAGAAAAGACUCGCCUUCUGGCAGAAUACGAAAAAAUUGCUGUUGGAUUCACACCAGAGGAGCUGAAUGAGAAAGAGAUCGAGGCUACCCAGCUGGAGACCCUUGAAGAUGGAAAUAAUGUCCGUUAA